AUGACCUACCUAAUGAAGAACUACGCAGAGCUAGAGGCCGGUUCUGAGGCCUUGGUCAAGGCCAUAGUUCUUGGUGAUGAAGAUGAGAUAGUUAAUAUAAUGAAUAAGUAUGACCAAUUCUGCCCAGAAAUAUUUACAACCAUCACGUCUGAAGGUACCACAGCUCUCCACUGUGUGGCCCAACGUGUUCGACCACAGAUUCUACGUAUCAUGUUGGAGCUAGGAGUGGAUAUCAACAGUCGAGACAAUGAUGGUGAGACACCACUACUCAAAUCUAUCCUCUACAACAAUCUAGCCACAUCCAAGAUACUCAUAGACCACGGAGCUGAUGUCAACGAGACUGUGUGCCAUAAAAGUGGCAACACUUUGCUACAUAAACUUAUCAUGGGUGACCGAUUCAAGGCUGUAGAAAUGGUGGUAGAACGAGGAGCAGCCAUUAAUGCUGGCGAUAAGACUGGACGAUCCUCAUUCCAUAUGUCUUUACUGAAGAACAAUUUGAAGAUGACAUCUUUUCUAAUUGAAAGGGGUGCAGAUGUAAAUUCAAGUGACAAUUCCGGCAGAAAUGCUCUCCAUAUGACCAUUGGAUAUAAACACCCAGAUCUCACCAAAUUACUUAUUUCAAAGAAUGCGGAUGUGAGUAGUAAGGAUCGCACAGGGACUACACCACUACAUUUGUCAGUGUCAGAGGGCUACCUGGAUGUAGUUAAACUGAUUCUGCGUAGGAGCCAAGCCAAUGUCAACACUAAGGAAAAGUUAAUGGGACGAACACCCCUCCACAUGGCCUGUGCAAUUAGUCAUUUCCCGAUAACUAGGAUACUAAUAGACAAUGGUGCAGAUGUAAACCUUACAACAACAUUUCGUAAAUCUGCCUUACACCUCGCUACAACAAACGGUUCAUCUGAUAUAACAUCUCUCCUACUGAAGCAUGCUGCUAACGUUAACAUGCUGACUAUAGGGAACAAGACACCCUUACACAAUGCUAUAGACUCAGGAAAUAUUAGUGUGACAAGCCUACUACUUCAAUAUGGUGCUAACAUUAACCUUCGUGAUCUCCAGGGGUCAACACCCCUCCAUUAUUCGGCACGAACAGGAAACACAGACUGUAUGCGUCUGCUGCUUCGGUGUGGUGUUAAUAUUAAUAGUUAUGACAACAAGCAGAGGACGGCUCUUCACACAGCCAUCAUCCAUGGUCACAGAAAUGCAGCAAUGUGCCUUAUACAAGGUGGUAUCAACAUAGCAACGGUAGAUGAGGACAAUAAAGUGGCUACCGAUUAUGACAAAUCAGGAGAAGUAAAAACUCUAGUAGCAAAAAUGUAUGCUGACUGA